GAAAAUCCUAUAACCAUUCGCUUUCGAUACUUAUAAAAUAAUAAGAGGAAAAAUUUAAUCAGAGAAAGAUUGGAAAAAGAAAACCAAGAAGUAGACAAAGGCCCAGCCCGCGAUUCACUUAUGGACCUUUCGACCCAGAGCCUUUGUUUUUGUGGAAUUCGGGAAAGCAGAAGCAGAAAGAGCAUCUUCAAGAAUGGCGACCAUAGCAGCCGCAACACAACACCACCACCAUCCAACAUCGCUAGAGGAAGUCCGUACGCUUUGGAUAGGAGACCUCCAGUUUUGGGUCGAUGAGUCCUACCUCAACUCUUGCUUUGCUCACACUGGCGAGCUAGUCUCAAUAAAAAUUAUACGCAACAAGAUCACUGGCCAGCCCGAGGGUUAUGGAUUUGUGGAGUUUGUUUCUCAUGCAGCAGCAGAAAGGAUACUGCAGGCUUACAAUGGGACAGCAAUGCCUGGAACUGAUCAAAUGUUCAGGUUAAAUUGGGCUUCUUUUGGCAUUGGAGAAAGACGUACUGAUCCCGGGCCUGAGCAUUCUAUUUUCGUUGGUGAUUUGGCUCCUGACGUUACAGAUUAUCUAUUGCAAGAGACAUUUCGAGCUCACUAUCCAUCUGUUAGAGGUGCCAAGGUUGUGACUGAUCCAAAUACUGGACGCUCAAAGGGAUAUGGAUUUGUUAAAUUUUCAGAUGAGACUGAGAGAAAUCGUGCUAUGACCGAGAUGAAUGGUGUCUAUUGCUCAACUAGAGCCAUGCGAAUUAGUGCAGCAACACAAAAGAAGACCACUGGUUUUCAGCAGCAAUAUGCCGUGGCAAAAGCUGUAUAUCCAGCUCCUGCUUACACAACACCUUUGCAGGUGCUUCCACCUGAUAAUGAUAACACUAAUACCACAAUUUUUGUUGGCAACUUGGAUCCAAAUGUCACAGAAGAGGAACUGAAGCACUUCUUCUUGCCAUUAGGGGAGAUCAUGUAUGUCAAGAUUCCUGCAGCCAAAGGAUGUGGUUUCAUACAGUUUGCAACUAGGACAUCUGCUGAAGAAGCUAUACAGAGGAUGCAGGGGCAAAUGAUUGGUCAACAAGUUGUCCGCAUUUCUUGGGGUAGGAGCCCAACAACAAAACAGGACCUACCUGGUAGCUGGGGUACACAAGUUGAUCCAAGUCAGUGGAGUGCAUACUAUGGUUAUGGACAAGGCUAUGAUGUUUAUGCUUAUGGGGCUACCCAGGAUCCCUCUCUGUAUGCAUAUGGUGCAUAUGCUGGCUAUGCACAAUAUCCCCAACAGAUUGAAGGUUCUCUAGAAAUGGCAGCUAUGGCAGGUGCUGUCCCGGCUGUAGAACAAAGGGAGGAAUCAUAUGAUCCAUUGGCGACACCUGAUGUUGAUAAGUUAAAUGCAACCUACCUCUCUGUUCAUGGAAGUGCCAUAUUAGGCCGGCCCUUAUGGCGAAGAACCUCCUUCAUUUCGCCACAACCUUGAUCCUCUACUUACCUGUCUCUGAUUUAUGGUGAUCAUCAUUCUCGCACUUAGUUGAUGGAAUCUCCCCACAGGAGAUGAAUAGAAAUGAGAAGGAUUUCGGAAGCCUGAUGUUUUCUACUCAGAUUGGCACAAUUGUAAAGCCCUGGAAUGCCCUUAGGAUGAAUAUUGACACAUAAUUGAUUGUAGCUUUUUUCUAUUUGUUUAACAUUAUUCCAGAGUUGGUACCUGUAUGUUUUCUCGUGUAAAUAUGCUAAUCUUACCUGGAUAGGAGAUUGAAACUCAAGUUGGUUUGACAUUGUCAAGUUUUUCGUGGUUAAAGAUUCAAGGUGCUUAUACGAAAUGUUUCAACUUGAUAGUAAAAAUGAACAAAAAAAAAAAACUGAAAUACCUCACAAAAAUACUGUCCAUAACGCCAAUUUAAUCCAUCCAAAAAAUGUCUUCUUUUUUUUUUUCAAGUUUCUAAAAAAACUAUCUUAUGCAAGGCAUGAAUUGAAGCAUAAUCCACAACG